GAAAAAGAUUGAGUUGGGGUUUCCUUUCAGAAAUAUAAUAACAGAGAUAGCAAAUUGCAGAAGUCUUUUUUAUGAUUCAAUAUCUAUUCCCAACCCAAUUUGUUUUCAACAAAUCGAGCGGAUUGUGAACUUGUGCCUGAACCAUUUCCACACUUUGGAGGUUGAAGUCACCGCAAGAUAUUCACAGUUUCACAGGUCUGUUCCAUUCACGCUUCCAUGGAAAAUGGCAAUGGUGCUUCAGCUAUGGAAAUUGAAGAACUGAAUUCAAAUCAUGCUGAUCAGAUCAACAAUCCCAAAUUCUCUAUCAAUGGUUCCUUCAGCUCUUCUCUCAUAUUACCCCCUCCCUCCAAAAUUUUAUUCCCACUGUGAUUUGUGAUGUAUAAGGAAGAAAAAUUGUAAGGCGAGUAGGAAAUCAACCACACAAAUGUCGGGCCUACAGUUGGGGAUGCCUAAUGGCGUACACCAUUUUUUUAAAGGAGAUGAGAAGACCAUUUUAGGAGGCCCGGAAAGGACAGUAGUAAGGAGUUAUGGGACGGAUGGAGUAUAUAUAAUAUUCACAUGUAUGCUUCAACGGAUAAAUAUCACAUAGGACUGUGUGCAUAUUUUAUUUGCUGUUGCCUUAGAUGAAAAUUUGACUAUAUGUCUAUAUGUAAAAAGGGAGUUCAUAUAUAUAUAUAUGUGUGUGUGUGUGUGUGUGUUUUCAUGUCCCUUUAUGUUAAUAGUAAUUUGGGCAAUAAAUUUGGUGAUGCUCAGUGUUGCAGCUGCUGAAAUCCGCUCAGUUCCAGCAUGGGUUGCGCUUUCGUGACUAUACUAGAUACAGGAGGUAUUGCACUGCCCGGUUGGGACGAUUGUACAAAUCACUGAAGUUCACCCAUGGAUGUGGGAAGUAUACAAAACGUACAAAACAUACAAAACGGAACCAGUUACUGGUUAGCAUAGUGAGAAAAUACUUCUGACCUUUCUGAUUUAGUAAGCUCUGGAAGAGAUAGAAAAGCAGAAGAAGUGGCACUCACUGAAGAAUGUGAAGUGAAGAGUAUGGUCUACCGGGCACAACGAUUUUUGGAAGACCCAGGUGCGGCCUGCUGCAAUAUAGGGGACAACUACUUCAUGCUUUUGAACAGUGCUUUUACUUGGCAAUAUCCUACAGUUUUGCUGGAAAGAGGACUGAAGCUUAUGCCUUGUUCUCUCGAGCUCGCUCUUUAGCGGAUGAUGCAUUGAAGAAACUUUACAACACGAAUAUUAAUGAUCAGCCAGGUGAUAGUCAAUGAAUUGAAAGUGUUAUCCAGUGAGAGUAGAUCCAACGGCUGUAUAGAGCAUGCAAGAGGAAUUAUGGAGCAAGAGAAGGCUUCAGAAAAUCUCUCAAAAAACAUAUCAGCUACUUCAUUAAGUGGAAAUGAGAAAAAGCUGGAGAAAUUUCUUAUGGAAAAUUGGACUGUUACGAAUCUGCAGUUGGCGAUUAUUCCAACAACAGGAAAGCAGCUUCUGCUCGCAUUGAUGUCUUUCCACCUGCCUUCCAGGCAGUGCCCUGCAACCCAAAUUUUCCGGAUCCGGCAUAUGAUGUCAUUCAGUUCCCAUCACUUGACAGUAGGAUUAGAAAAGACAAAAAAGGCGGCGGUAGCACCAGCUUCCUUGCCAGAUUUUGGGGUUGAGUUCGCCGUAUCUCUCUGUCAUCCCUUUAGUUUUGGAUUGGGAUCGAGUAUUAUUAUUUAUUUAUUCAUGCAACUAUGCAAGCCAGAAUUUUCCCUUUCUCCAACUACAUACAGGUAUACAGCUUUGUUUAUUUUCUAUUUUCCCUUUCUCCAUCAACAGAAGUUUUUGUUGCUUGUUUUUUUAAACAGGAUUAUUGUAAUAAUAAAUGAGAGUUUUAAGUUCUGUUUAACUUUGAUAAAACUUAAAAGCGUGAACUUUUGGCAUUUUAUGGUUGAAGUUGAUACUUUUUGUCCAACCAAAUAUGAAGAACGGAUGCACUACUAAAGUAUCUAUGAGAAAGGCUAAACUGAACAGAGAUUUAGCCAGAUGAUAGCCGAUAGGUGAUUAGCUCAAUUGGGAUGUAAAAUAGAGCUUUGCUGAGAGCCUGAGACGAAGAAAUCAAAUUUUGAAGAGUGCAAAGCUUGAUCUAGUUUUGGAACUUUUUGGUGCAUAUAUAGAGAAUGAGUUUGACCAAUUAUGUUUCAUUCUUCUGGGGAUUGUUUGCUUCAAGGAAGGUUGUAUUAGCGUUUUUGGAAUGUUAAAUUGAUAUAUUACCACGUGUCAUUGUUUAAAUAUGAUGAAUAUAGUUAUUUUGAAGCUGAAACCAAAGAAAUGUAUGCCAAAAUGUUCGUUAUUGUUCCUCCAAUGGCUUUAUUGUACAAAAUUUUGAGUUAGUUUUUUAAAGGGAAAGUCUUGCUUGACUCUCAAUUAUUCAUCGUAUAG